AUGGGUGGAGCUGUGUCCCAGUUCGCUGCCAGCUUCGGGAACUCAUGGAAAGUUCCUGAUCAGCAGAAUGAAGACUGCAGCGAUGCGGCAGAGCUUGGUCACAGCUGCGAUGUCUCAGGGGACGCCGCUCUGCGCAAGCAGGCAGAAUCCGUGUGUCACCGACUGCUGGAAAACCCCUUCACACACUGCCACCCCCGGUUGGACCCAGCAGCAUACGUCGACACCUGUCUUUACCUGUACUGCAGCCUGCCACCCAAAGAGAGGGAUGGGGCGGUGUGUGACACGCUGGCCAGCUACGCCCGGGAGUGUGCCCAACAACACGUCAUCAUCGUAUGGAGAACAGCCACACUCUGUGGUCGUGUCUGUCCCAGAGGCCAGUUGUUUUCGGACUGUGUGUCCUCCUGUCCCCCCAGCUGCGCAUCUCCCCAACCCCCGGGGCCGGCUGCAGCCGUCGGCCAGUGCAGGGAGGAGUGUGUGGGGGGCUGCGAGUGUCCGCCGGGCCUCUACGUUCACCAAGGACUCUGUCUAAAAAGAGACGAUUGUCCUUGUUUCCAUCGCAGACGCACCUACCAGUCGGGGGACAGGAUACAGCAGAGAUGCAACAGCUGUGUCUGCCGAGCAGGCCAGUGGCAGUGUACGGGGGAGAAGUGUGCUGGCCAGUGCAGCCUGAUGGGGGCGCUGCAGGUGACCACCUUUGACAAAAAGAGGUACUCACUUCAGGGUGGAGACUGUCACUUCACUGCUGUGGAGGACUUUGUUGACAGGAAGCUUGUGGUGAAGGUGCGCUGUGGCGAGUGUACUGCAGGAGGAGGAGGGGGAGGAGGGGGAGGAGGCCUGGGUUGUCUGAGGGAGAUGUCAGUCACAGCACUCCGCACCACAGUCACUAUCACAGACACUGGUACGGUGAUGUUGAAUGGCCAGAGAGAGGCCUUGCCUGUGGUGACAGGAGACCUGGUUGUGCGCAGGGCCUCCUCGUCGUUCCUCCUCGUCCAGACUUUUGGAGCCCAGCUACUCUGGUAUCUGGAUGGACCCUUAGCCCUCAUCACAUUGCAGCCUGGGUUUGCAAACAAGGUGCGUGGCCUAUGUGGAACGCUGACCUGGAGCCAGCAUGAUGAUUUCACCACCCCAGAAGGAGACGUGGAGAACAGCGUGUCAUCCUUUGCCGGGAAAUUUACAUCAGAGCGCUGUACUCUGCCUGAAGGGGCUCCACCCGACCCCUGCACCACAUACACCCAGAGGAGAUCCUAUGCAGAGACAGUGUGCUCCAUCAUUCACAGCCCUGUCUUUCAGGGGUGUCAUGACGUGGUGGAGAGGGAGCCAUAUUUCCGUCUUUGUCUGUCAGAGGUUUGUGGCUGCACUCCACAGAAGGCCUGUCACUGCACAGUCCUCACUGCCUACGCACGGCAAUGUGCUCAGGAAGGCGUCGCGGUCCAGUGGCGCAACCACACCUUCUGCCCGGUCCAGUGUUCAGGGGGUCAGGUGUACCAGGAGUGUGGUCGUGCAUGCGGGGGCUCCUGUUCAGACCUGCGACAGAGCUGGAGCUGCGAUGACGGCGGUGGAAUUGGCCUUAGGAUGUGUGUUCCAGGUUGCCAGUGUCCACCAGGAUUAGUGCAGGACCACCAGAGCCAGUGUGUGCCCGUCGCCAUGUGCCCCUGUGUGCAAGAAGACAAGACGUACCGACCAGGGACUGUCAUUGAGAACAACUGUAAUACAUGUGUCUGUGAGCAGGGGAAGUUUAACUGCACUCAGGAGCCCUGUGAGGAGGUGAACCCAUGUCCAGGCUCUCUGGUCUACUCUCCACGCUCCUGCCUCCUCACCUGCUCCAGCCUGGACCCCCCUGGUCAACAGCAGGGGCCCAGACUAGUUGGACAGUCGGGCUGCAAAGAGCCCCUGUCUGGUUGUGUCUGUCCCCAGGGAACUGUCCUCCUAGGUGACCGCUGUGUUCUGCCAGACGAGUGCCCGUGUCACCACAAUGGUCGACUUUACUACGGCAACGACACCAUCACCAAAGACUGCAACACAUGUGUCUGCAAGGAGCGCCGCUGGAAUUGCAGCCAGUUGGCUUGUGCUGGCGUGUGCGUGGCAACGGGGGAUCCACACUACGUGACAUUCGAUGGCCGCUGUUACUCUUUCCUGGGUGACUGCCAGUACGUGCUGGCAAGGGAGACCAGUGGUUUGUUCAGUGUCACGGCAGAGAACGUGCCCUGCGGGAGCACUGGGGUCACCUGCACAAAGUCGGUCACCCUCAGCCUGGGAAAUACCGUCAUACACCUGCUGAGAGGUAAAGCUGUCACAGUAAAUGGGAUGCCAGUUAGUCUACCAAAGUCCUAUAGUGGCAGUGGUCUGUCUUUGGAACAAGUCGGCCUGUUUGUCUCCCUCUCCUCUCGACACGGGGUCACUCUGCUUUGGGAUGGGGGUAUGCGUGUGUACGUGCGUCUCGCUGCUCACCUGCGGGGUCGGGUCGGGGGCCUGUGUGGUAACUUUGACGGGGAUACGGAGAACGACUUCACAACGCGGCAGGGCAUCGUGGAGUCUACGGCUGAGCUUUUUGGAAACUCUUGGAAGGUCAGCCCCUCCUGCCCUGACGUGGAAGAUCAGGACAUGCGAGACCCCUGUGCUCUGAACGCCCACAGAGUGACAUGGGCCAGGAAAAGGUGUGCCGUCCUGACCCAGGAACUCUUCUCUCAGUGCCACCCUGAGGUGCCCUUCCAGCAGUAUUAUGACUGGUGUGUCUUUGAUGCUUGUGGAUGUGACUCAGGUGGAGACUGUGAAUGUCUCUGCACAGCCAUUGCUGCCUACGCUGAAGAGUGUAACCGCCGAGGAGUCUACAUCCGUUGGAGGUCCCAGGAGCUCUGUCCUCUGCAGUGUGAGAAUGGGCUGGUGUACAAUCCGUGCGGCCCUGCUUGCUCUACCUCUUGUCCCAGUGUUCAGCAGAGUCCACACUCCCAGUGUGAUGCCCUCUCUUGUGUGGAGGGCUGUUUCUGCCCCGCUGGCACCGUCCGACAUGGGGACAGCUGUGUUGUUCCCACUGUGUGUCCAUGUGAGUGGGACGGCUCUAUGUUUCCACCAGGAUCCACCAUCACUCAAAACUGCCAGAACUGCUCCUGUGAGGAUGGCGCGUGGCAGUGUGGGGGCGUGGCCUGCCCUCCCCCCUCCCCUCCCUGUCUCGAGUCGGAGUUCACCUGUGCGCGGGGGAGAUGCGUCCCCUCCCAGUGGGUGUGCGACAACGAGGACGACUGCGGCGACGGCUCAGACGAGGUCUGUCCGUCGUCGUCCACCUGCUCCCCCGACCACUUCCGCUGUAGCAGCUCGCCAAGUGGACCAUGUUUGAAUCCGGCUCUGCGUUGUGAUGGCCACCCAGACUGUGCUGACCAAUCUGACGAGGAGUUCUGUGGACCUACCACCCCGGCGCCCCUGUGCCCACCGGGGGAGUUUCAGUGUGCCAACGGGAAGUGUCUGCCGGCCAGUCGUGUGUGUGAUGGACGGCUGGACUGUGGCUUUGCCGAUGCGUCUGAUGAGCAAGACUGUGGUGUGGUGUGUGACGAAGGGGAGUUCCUCUGUGCCGGAGGACGUUGCAUUCUCUACCUCCACCGCUGUGACGGUCAUGAUGAUUGCGGGGACCUCAGUGAUGAGAGGGGGUGUGUGUGCGCACCAGGGGAAUUUCAGUGCCCAGGGGAUCAGUGUGUUCCUGCGGACAGUGUGUGUGAUGGAAACAGAGACUGCCCCUCUGGAACAGAUGAGGCUGUCUGUCCAAGCAAAGUGACCUGUGCUCCUGACCAGUUUGCCUGUAGCGAUGGCACAUGUGUUGCCUCAACUAAGCUGUGCGAUGGGACGUCAGACUGUCCAGGUGGAGAUGAUGAGAACAGAACAAUUUGCUACACCGUCAUCAUAACACCGCCACAACCACACGUCACCCCGACUGUGCCCACAUCAGCUUGUAGAUCAAAUGAGUUCAGCUGUGCCACCGAAGGGCAGUGUGUGCCUCGGGCCUGGCGGUGUGAUGGGGAGACGGACUGUAUGGAUGGGAGUGAUGAGCAGCAGUGUAUCACCCCCUGUGGCCCUGGCCAGGUUCUGUGCCUGAGUGGGGACCAGUGUGUUGACUACCAGCAUCUCUGUGACAGGACUCCACAUUGCAGGGAUGCCUCAGACGAGAGCAUAGACAACUGCGGCUCUACCCAGAUACCUCCCUGCCCAGGCAGCUUCUCGUGUGACAACCGCACCUGUGUGAACAUGACACAAGUGUGCAACAGCAUCCCAGACUGUCCACGGGGCGAAGAUGAGUUGGUGUGUGAUAAAACCGUCUCACCAAUGCCCCCCGGGAGUAGAAACACCACUGUCUCCUGCCCUGAAUUCACCUGUAUGGAGGGAUUCUGUAUCCCCUUCAACAUGGUUUGUAAUGGUGUGGCAGACUGCCCAGACACUUCACUAGCACCACUUCAAGGCCCUGCAGAUGAACAGGACUGUAGAACUUGGAGCUCCUGGGGUCCCUGGAGCCCCUGCAGCACCUCUUGUGGUACAGGCUCCAUGAGCCGGCAGAGAACCUGCCCUACAGGAGACCUGCUGCGCCAAUGUCUGGGACAGGAUGUCCAGAGGCAGCAGUGCUUCAACACCACCUGCCCAGUGGAUGGUCAGUGGCUGCCCUGGGUGAACUGGUCAAACUGUUCCAGUGGCUGUGGUGGAGUGCAGGUUCGACACAGAGGUUGCAUCCCUCCUCGCUACGGAGGCCGAGACUGUUCUGAGCUCCCUGGACCAUCCAAUCUGGCAAUGGAAAUCAAGCCUUGUCCCGACGAUGGAUGUGCCAACACCAGCUGUCCCACUGGGCUGGUGACACACAACUGCGCUCCCUGUCCAGUCUCCUGCGCCCACAUCACAAGUGUGACAACCUGUGAUUCCACAGCACCCUGCUUCUCAGGUUGCUGGUGUCCAGAGGGCCAGGUGAUGAGCCAUAUGCAACAGUGUGUAUUACCAGAGGAGUGUGUAUGCGAGGUGGCAGGCGUGCGCUACUGGCCAGGCCAGCAGAUGAAAGUGGACUGUGAAAUUUGCAUUUGUGAGAGAGGAAGGCCUCAGAGAUGUCAGCCCAACGCAGAUUGCUCAGUGCAUUGUGGCUGGUCGUCGUGGUCUGAGUGGGGAGAGUGUUUGGGACCCUGUGGUGUCCAGAGUGUCCAGUGGUCUUUCCGCAGCCCAAAUAACCCCGUCAAGUACGGAGACGGGAGAACGUGCAGAGGAAUUUACAGGAAAGCUCGCAGGUGUCAGACAAACCCCUGUGAUGAGUGCGAGUACCAGGGUCAGACCCAUACUGUCGGAGACAGGUGGAGGUCCGACCACUGCCAGUUAUGCCACUGUCUGCCCAACCUUACAGUGCAGUGUUCUCCCUAUUGUCCACACACUGUCACUGGAUGCCCACAGGGUCAAAGUCUGGUGCCUGGAGAGGGAGACAGGUGUUGUUACUGCCAAGGAGAUAAUGACACAAUUCUUGUGACAGUGACUCCUGCCACCGUGACCUCCGAGCCAGCAGAGGGUACUACACCCCUGGUUCCCACAUAUCCACUUCCUCCUGGAGAUGAGUGUUGGGCUCCUCUGGGUGUCCAGACUCUGCCGGCCUCAAGUUUCAGUGCCUCAUCACAGCAGACUGGUCAUCCCCCCGAGGCAGCUCGCCUCCAUGGAUGGGACCCCCACAGAGACCUCCAGGGCUGGAGUCCAGAACCAGAGGAAUAUAAGGACCUACCACAGCGGAGCCCUGGCGGACACAGUAGCAACACACAAAGCCCAUACCUGCAGAUAGACCUGCUGAAACCAUUCAACAUCACUGGUGUGUUAACACAGGGCGGUGGUGUGUUUGGCACAUUUGUGUCCAGCUUUUACAUUCAGUUCAGCCAGGACGGCAGACAGUGGCACACUUACAAAGAGCUCAUCACCGAUGCCCGACCCAGAGCCAAGGUUUUUCUCGGUAACCACGAUGAUCGAGGGGUGGCUGAGAGCAAACUGGACAGGAUAGUGUCGGCUCAGUUUGUCCGCUUGCUGCCACAUGAUUUUCAGAAUGGCAUCUACCUUCGACUUGAGAUUAUGGGCUGUGGUGAUGGUUAUCAGUGGUUAACUACCUCCACUCCUCCCUCACCAGUCUCCCCAGUGGGUGGCUGCAGAGGGAAGGAGUUCCAGUGCCAAAAUGGACGCUGUGUGCCAGCAGGUCCACUGGGAGUUGUCUGUAAUGGCGUCAAUGACUGUGGGGAUGGAUCAGAUGAGAUGCACUGUGGUAAACAGCCCUCCACUACUGCCACCAGUCCACGCAGCUGCCCUGCUGGGCAGUUUUCUUGUCCUCCACCAGGGGGCUGCAUCGAGGCAGGGCAACGAUGUGACGGUAUCUUGCAUUGUCCAAAAGGAGAGGAUGAGAUUGGCUGCCACCCCCAUGAUAACAUUACUACCCAGUCAGACAGACCGUACACCCCCACCCCUGCUCCUCUCAGGACUCCCUCCAUGGCUGCUAUCACUCACCCUGCUGUAACAUCAGCAGAUGGUGUCCCAGGAUAUCGGGGCAUCUGCUCCUCUCCCCUUGGACUGGAGGAUGGGAGUAUUAGAUACGGUCAGCUGACCUCAUCUUCCCACCGUGAGAACAACCCUGCUGACGCUGGACGACUAAACAUCGUCCCCAACGUUCAGGUUAUGGAGCCUGGAUGGAGUCCUUUGCCUACAGAUGCCCAGCCAUAUUUUCAGGUGGACUUCCUGGAGCCCAUGUGGGUAUCAGGGGUAGUGACACAGGGUGGUGAACGCAUGUGGGGUUACCUCACGAAAUACCGCCUGGCCUUCGCGCUACACAGCAGCCUCUUCACAGAUUACACUGACAAUGGGAAGCCUGGUGGCCCUGCUAAGGUGUUUGAGGUGAGGAUGGUGGGCAGGACUCCUGUGACCCGUUGGCUGGAUCGGCUGGUCAGAGCUCGCUACCUGCGCAUCAUCCCUGUGGAGUUUAGACACACAUUCUACAUGCGUUUUGAGAUCAUUGGAUGCAGAGGAGAUGAGCUUGUGACCCCCAGCAGCGUCACCUCGCCUCCCUCUGGUGGUGGAAAAGUGACUGUGCAGCGCUGUGAACCAGGCCAGUUUGCAUGCCAGCACAGCGAGCAGUGCGUCUCUGUCUCCGUGUUGUGUGACGGUCGACCGGACUGCAAGGACCACUCUGACGAAAUCAAUUGCGGUACAGCUCCAACCAGAGGCUCUCCAGGGCUGCACAACCAGACCAGCUCUGUGGGGAGACCAGGUUUCCAUGGUGACAGUACAACAGGUGCCCCAGGUCUCCAUACCACCAGGUCCCAAGGUGGCCUUCCCGGUGUCGCUACUUCAGGGGUCACGGGUCAACCUGGACUUCAGAAGACCACAAUUCCAAGCCAUUUGACCACCAAACCUUCAAUCUACCCAGGGGUCACAACAGGUCAGCCUGGGCUGCACCUCACUACAACCCUUAGCUCUGGAAGACCUGGUCUACAAACCACAAAAGCCCCGUGGAUCACCACAGCUCCUGAUGAUGGGGGUCUACCCAGAGUGCUUUGCGUGGAAGGCCAGUUUGCAUGCCGUACAUUUGGCUGUGUGGAAGCUGCGCAGGUGUGCGACGGCAGACGGGAUUGUUUGGACGGGUCAGAUGAAGAACGCUGCGGCACCACAGCCAGACCAGUGGUGACUUCAGUGCGACCCCUGGUGCCCAGUCCAUGUUCUCCCAAGCAAUUCCCCUGUGAGAGUGGGGAGUGUGUUCACCUGGACCGCAGAUGUGACCUGCAGAGGGACUGCACGGAUGGGUCAGAUGAGAGAGACUGUGUGGGCUGCAUCAUGUCCUCGUGGACAGCUUGGAGUGCCUGCAGCGUGUCCUGCGGUCUGGGCUCCUUGUUUCGGCAGAGAGACAUACUGAGGGAGGCUCUGCCUGGAGGGGACUGUGGUGGGGCCCAGUUUGACAGUCGAGCCUGUUUCCCACGAGCAUGUCCAGUUGACGGCCAUUGGUCAGAGUGGACAGAGUGGUCGGAGUGUGAUGCUCAGUGUGGAGGUGGCAUCAAGCACCGGAACAGAUCCUGCUCCGCUCCUCCUCCUAAGAACGGUGGGCGAGACUGUGAGGGCAUGACCCUGCAGAGCCAGAGCUGCAACAGCCAGUCCUGCACAAAAGACACUGACACACAGACGGGCUGCGUCAACGGCAUGUUGCUGGUGACUGACGCCGACUGCCAGGCGGGAAGAGUUGGGCCUUGUCCUCCUACCUGCGCACAUCUCAGCUUGACCAACAACUGCACUGCAGCUUGUACACUGGGGUGUCGCUGUCCCGAGGGUCUGUUCCUUCAGGAGGGGCGAUGUGUAAAUGCCAGCCGAUGUGUCUGUCACUGGGAUGGCCAAACACUGCAGCCAGAACAGACGUUCAGCAGGGACCAGUGUACAACAUGUGUGUGCCGAGAGGGACAAGUCACCUGUGACACAUCCAGCUGUGUGGCGAGCUGUCACUGGUCAGCCUGGUCGUCAUGGUCACCAUGUGAUGUUAGCUGUGGUCUCGGGCUACAGCAGCGCUACAGGUCCCCAGUGAACCCACCAGAAGCAGUCAGAGUCCAGCCCUGUCCAGGAGACUCCACUGAGGCCCGUAGCUGCUCCAACCCCUGCCUCCCUGUGCUGCCAGACGGAGUUUGGAGUAAAUGGACUGGGUGGUCAGAGUGCAGUAAGACGUGUUUCAACCUCGUAGAUGAGGUGGGAAUCAGACGGCGAUUUCGCAGCUGCAACCAGACACUCCCAGCGUUCAACUCCACGCGCUCCGGUUGUGAUGGGGACAGCGAGGAGCAAGAGCCGUGCAAUACAGUACACUGUCCAGUGAAUGGUGGCUGGUCGGCAUGGACACAGUGGUCUCAGUGUUCAUCCGAGUGCGACUCUGGUGUUCAAACAAGAGAGCGAUUCUGCAGUUCACCCUCACCACAGCAUGGGGGCAGCAGCUGCCCUGGGCCACACAUACAAACAAGAGACUGCAACUCCCACCCCUGCUCAGGUGUGUGUCCAGAGGGCAUGGUGUACCUCACAGCAGCCGAGUGUGACGCUCAUGGUGGUGCAUGUCCGCGUGUCUGUUUGGACUUGACCUCCACAGAGGUGCAGUGUGCCACUGCGUGUUAUGACGGCUGCUACUGUGCCCCGGGCUUCUACCUGCUGAACGACAGCUGUGUGCCCUUAGCACGAUGCCCGUGUUACCAUCAGGGGGAGACGCAUCCAGCCGGUGCCACCCUGCCUGUCGACGCCUGCAAUAACUGUACCUGCACUAACGGAGAAAUGGAGUGUGGAACGGCUCCUUGCUCUGUGGACUGUGGCUGGAGCAGCUGGACCCAGUGGAGCACCUGUAGUCGAACUUGUGAUGUUGGAGUGAGGAGGAGGUAUCGUUCAGGAACUAAUCCUCCUCUGGCAUUUGGAGGUCGUCCUUGCAAAGGAGACAGAGUGGGAAUCGAUACCUGCAGCAUUGAACCCUGCUUCGGUGUGAAGGAGCCAUGGAGCGCAUGGUCAGAGUGCUCCGUGACAUGUGGAGGAGGGUACAGGACCCGAACCCGCGGGCCAAUUCGAAUCCACGGCACUGCUCAGCAGUUCAGCGCCUGUAAUCUACAACCCUGUGGUGAUGGCCGAGUGUGUCCUCCAGGCCAGGAGUGGACGCAGUGUGUGAGGGGGGCAGUGUCAUGUACAGACCUCGCAAUGGACCUCAGCAGGAACUGCACACCGGGCUGCCAGUGUCCACAAGGGACUGUCAAACAGGACGGUGUGUGUGUACAAGAGUCUGACUGCCGCUGUGACAUGGAUGGGGAGCAGUACAAACCAGGAGACAUUGUCUCCACAGACUGCAACAACUGUACAUGUGAAGCAGGAAGGCUGGUGAACUGCUCUCAAGACAACUGCAAUUUGGAUGGCCAGUGGUCCAUGUGGACUCCUUGGGGUCAGUGUUCAGUGUCGUGUGGAGCCGGUCUCCAGUCUCGGUACCGGUUCUGUUCUAGUCCCCAGCGCUCUGGCAGCGGCCUGCCAUGUCUAGGAGCUCACAGAGAGGACCAAGUCUGCGUCGGCCCCCCCUGUGACCGUGACGGAGGGUGGGGUGAGUGGAGUAACUGGACGGAUUGUACCAAGUCCUGUGGUGGGGGUAUUCAGAGCCGGAGGAGAGAGUGUGACAGUCCCAGUCCAGAGGGGGAGGGAAAUUACUGUGAGGGUCUGGGAACUGAGGUUGUAGCCUGUAACACUGACCAUUGUCCAGUUGCACCAUGUUCUCAGGUUCCAGGCACAGCGUUCAGUAGCUGUGGUCCCUCCUGCCCUCGCUCCUGUGAUGACCUGGCACACUGUGAGUGGCGAUGUGAGCCAGGCUGCUACUGUACAGAGGGAAAGGUCCUGUCUGCUAACGGGACCGUCUGUGUGGAGAAAGAAGACUGUCCCUGCCUGGACCUCGACACUGGACACUGGCUGGAGCGAGGAGAGACCACCCAAGCCCGUGAUGGAUGUAACAACUGCACCUGUGAAGGUGGGAGGCUCAACUGCACUACAUUUAACUGUCCAGUGUCAGGUCAAUGGUGUGAGUGGUCAGAGUGGACUCCCUGCUCCAGGACCUGUGGGGCAGAGUCAGUGUCCCGCUACAGGAGCUGUGGCUGUCCCGAGCCCAAGGGUGGAGGAGCAGCCUGCUCUGGAGAACAGGAGAUACACAACGGGGUCGGAGUUCAAAUCCAGAGACAGCCCUGCCCCGUCAUCUCCUUCUGUCCUGUCCAUGGUUCAUGGAGUCCCUGGUCGACGUGGUCGGACUGUGAUGAGUGCGCCGGCUCGUCCACGCGCACCAGGGAAUGCAACAGUCCUCCUGCCAGGUUUGGUGGUCUGCCCUGUCUCGGAGAGAGCAGGCAGAGCCGCGGUUGCCAUGACAACAUCACCGUCUGCUCAGACUGCGGUGGAGGCCAGGAAGAGUGGCCUUGUGGGAAGCCCUGUCCUCGCUCCUGUUCGGAUCUCCAUGGUGACACAGUGUGCCUGGAUUCCCCUGGGUGCAGCCGCACUUGCGGUUGUCCAGGUGACAUGGUUCUGCAGGACGGAGUGUGCGUGGCCAGGGAGGAGUGUCGCUGUAAAUACCACAACAGCUCUGCCACAGGAGGCCUAGAUUCCAGUAAUGCAUCAUGGGUAUGGCCUGGUGGAUCUGAUUGGCAGUUUGCAAAUUCAGGAGACAGCAUCAUUAGUGACUGCAAAAACUGUUCAUGUGAAGCUGGGGUUCUGCAGUGUCAGUCGGUGCCCGGUUGCAACGUCGACGGUGGCUGGAGCCAAUGGGCAGCCUGGACCGAGUGCUCGCUUCCUUGUGGAGGAGGAGUCAAUUUCAGGAGACGACAGUGUGAUAAUCCAUCUCCUCAGAGUGGUGGAAGAGGCUGCCUGGGAGUCGCUGAGCAGCAGAGAGACUGCAACAUACACCUGUGCACAGACUCCGUGGGCCCGUGGCUGCCCUGGUCUCAGUGGUCUGUGUGUUCGGUCAGCUGUGGUGGAGGGCAGCAGUCCCGCUCUCGUCUCUGCAGCUCUCCACCGUGCAGUGGCCUCAGUCGCCAGAGCAAGACGUGCAACACCCAGGUCUGUCUUGAGGUGGGCUGCCCACCUGGCAGGCUGUACAGGGAGUGUGAACGAGGUGAAGGUUGUCCGUUCAGCUGCGCUCAGGUCAGCGGCAGAGAGGGCUGCUACUCAGAUGGCUGCGAGGAAGGCUGCCACUGCCCUCUGCUCACCUACCAACACCAUGGAGUCUGCCUGCAGGAGUGUCCAUGUCUGGUUGACAAAGAGUUUCUGGCAUCUUUGAAGAGUGUCUCUGUCUCGCCGGUCUCAUCUCUGCUCCUCUACAACAUCUCUGAGGGAAUGGAACUUCAGCCUGGAGACACGCUGGUCCAUGACUGCAGCACAUGCGGCUGUGAACACGGCCGGUGGAAUUGUUCCUUGGAGCAUUGCCCAGUUGAUGGUGGCCUGUCUCCCUGGGGCCCCUGGAGCCCAUGCUCACUGUCCUGUGGAGGUCUGGGACUGAAAACCCGCUUCAGGGGCUGCACUCAGCCUGCCCCAGCCCACGGAGGAAGAGAUUGCCAGGGUGCUCGCCAGGAAACCACCUACUGCCAGGCCCCUGACUGCCCAGUCAUUAUUGGUCCUACAGAAGAACCAGUAUUACCAGAUGAGGAUGCCGGCUUCUCUCCCUGGUCCUUGUGGAGUCCCUGCACCAAGACCUGCACCGAUGCUCUCAGGCCGGCCAUGAAGUCCCGUCAUCGACAGUGUGUAAAACCCCCCUGCUCUGGAAGCUCUCACCAAGAGAAGGCCUGUAACCUGCCCCAGUGUCCAGACGGAGACGAGGUGUGUGUGGGAGCAGACUGUGCGACGAGGAACUGUUCGUGGACAGAGUGGGGGGAGUGGAGCUUCUGUUCGCGGUCUUGCGGCGUGGGUCAGCAGCAGAGGAUCCGAACCUUCCUCAGCCCCGGGACCAAUGGCUCGUGGUGCGAAGACAUCCUCAGAGGGAACCAGGAGCAGCGCUUCUGCAACAUCAGGCCCUGCAGAGUGGACGGAGGCUGGUCCCGGUGGAGCCCCUGGUCCCGCUGUGACAAGCGAUGUGGCGGCGGGCGCUCAAUACGCACUCGCUCCUGCUCCAGCCCUCCACCCAAGAACGGUGGAAAAAAGUGUGUCGGAGAGAAGAACCAGGUCAAGCCCUGCAACACCAAACCCUGUGACGAGAAAGGUUGCCCGCCGGGCCAGGAGUUCGUGAUGUGUGCCAACCAGUGUCCUCAGCGCUGCGCAGACUUCCAGCAGGGCAUCGAGUGCCAAGGCAACACCGAUUGUCAGCCCGGCUGUCGCUGCCCUGAAGGCCAGUUGCAGCAGGAUGGGAUGUGUGUGCAGCUCUGGCAGUGUGACUGUGUGGACUCGAUAGGACAAAUUUGGGCGGCCGGUAGCUGGCAUCAGGCGGACUGUAACAACUGCAGCUGCUCUGAUGGACAGCUCCUCUGCACCAAUCACAGCUGCCAGGCAACGUGUGUCUGGAGCUCCUGGUCCAGUUGGGCCUCAUGCAGCGUUACCUGUGGGCAGGGCCAGAGAACCAGAUACAGGUCUAUGGUCCCAGAGACUGAAGGAGCAGAUUGCCAGUUUGAGGAAGUCCAGCAUAAAUCCUGCAACCCAGGAUCCUGCCCACCCCUCUGUAUCCAUGACAACCAGGAACUCGGCAUAGGACACACCUGGCUGCAGGGAGAGUGUAAACAAUGCACAUGUACCCCGGAGGGAGAUUACUGCCAAGACAUUGAUUGCAGAGUGGACGGUGGUUGGACGCCCUGGUCAGUUUGGUCUGACUGCUCAGUGACCUGCGGACUAGGGGCACAGGUUCGAACCCGUGCCUGCAUCAACCCCCCACCACGAAACAAUGGGUCUCACUGCAGUGGGCCAGAGAGAGAGACCCAGGAAUGUCAUACUCUUCCUUGUCUGGAUGACCUUUGUCCCUGGUCGCCAUGGUCCCCAUGUUCCCGGAGCUGUGGUGCGGGGUCUGUGUCACGUCGCAGGGCGUGUGUGUGUGAGGAGGGUGGAGAUUCGGCAUGUCCCACUGAGAUUGAGGCUGAGAGGAACCGAGAGGAGACGCAGCUGUGUUACAAACAGCCCUGUCCCGGCUGCCCAAUGUCAGAGUGGAGCGUUUGGUCUCAGUGCUCCUGUGCCUCUCAGAGGCAGCAGCGCUACCGUGUUGCCCUGUCCCCGGCCACCAGGGGGCAACCGUGCACUCCUGUUGAAACGCAGAGCAGAACAUGUGGCCUCAGUCAGUGUGGUGACUGUGAAGCCCCGUUCGUAUACUCGGACUGCGGUGCACCCUGUGAGAAGCAGUGUGCGCUGCUGGGCCAAGGAGAUCUCUGUUUAGGUGUCAGGGAGUGUACACCCGGCUGCUACUGCCCGAAGGGCCUGCUGCAGCAGAACGGUAGCUGUGUUCCACCAGAGGAAUGUGGCUGCGUCCACCUGCAGCACCAAGCUUCAGGGCAACCACCCACACCUGUUACUGUCCCCGAGGGCUCCACUGUCACAUUAGGCUGCAGUACCUGCCUCUGCCAUGAUGGGACUUUGCAGUGUGACUUGAGUGAAUGUGAAGUCAUCAUCAGCGAGUGGUCAGAGUGGACCCCCUGUUCCCCCUGUGCACCCUCUUCCUCCCUGCAGAACAGCACUUUCCAGGACCAGGUCAGCAGUGGCACUAAAAUGGUCUCAAUCCAGCGGCGUUUCCGGGCUUGUUUGGACCUUGAUUCUGGUGUUCCUGUCACCAGAGAGGAGGAGGACAGCCAAUGUCCAGGGCCACUUGUGGAGGAGAGGCUUUGUCCAGAUGCUAACACCUGCAGAGAUCUGUGUCAGUGGAGUAUGUGGAGUUCCUGGACAGCUUGUGCUGACCCGUGCAGUGGUGGAGUCAGGCAGCGCUACCGGCGGCCAUUGGCCUCCCCUCUGGGACCUCGAUGUAGGAGCCAACAGACCCAAAGCCAGAGCUGCAACACGGGACUCUGCCUUGGUGAGCGUUGCGAGGACAGGGGGCGGACCUACCAAGAGAGCUGCGCCAAUCAGUGCCCUCGCAGCUGCACUGACUUAUGGGAGCAUGUUCAGUGUCUGCAAGGAGCCUGUCAUGCAGGUUGUCGGUGUCCGAAGGGACAGUUGCUGCAGGACGGUCGCUGUGUGCCACUAGAAGAGUGUCGGUGUGGUAUCCCAUCAGGCAAUGGGACGCUGGAGUUCCGUCCUAAAGAUGAGGUCACCGUGGACUGUAACACCUGUGUGUGUGAGAAUGGCACUCUGGUGUGCACCAAGCUUCCCUGCCCAGUUUAUGAGCCCUGGAGCACAUGGAGCUCCUGCUCAGCUUCCUGUGGACGUGGCCAGAGGACGAGAACACGCCUCUGCCAGGAAACGGAGGGAGGCCCCUCCUGUGCUGCCACCAAGCAGACGGAGAACUGUGACCUGCCAUCAUGUCCAGUGGGUUGUUUGUUGAGCGAGUGGUCGCCCUGGGCCGAGUGCAGUGCCACAUGUGGUGGUGGGUCGUCGAUGCGGAACAAGACGGUCCUCAGAGAGCCUGAGCCUGGUGCGACGGCCUGCGUUGGACCACUCGAACAGCACACCGUCUGUAACACCAACAGCUGCCUGCCUGAGUGUCCGAGCGGGCAGGUGUUCAGUGACUGUGCAGGUUCCUGUCCGUAUACCUGUGAGGACUUGUGGCCUCACACUCAGUGUCUACUUGGACCCUGCAGCCCUGGGUGUAGCUGCCCUCCUGGACAGUUGUUGCACGGAGGUUCAUGUGUGCCCCACGCUGACUGCCCCUGUUCAGCGCUCUCGCUGCCGACUGAUUACCAAAUCUUGAACGUCAGCACUGCGGAGAUCACAGACACUCUGCUUGCGCCUGGAACAGCCAUUCAGCACCUCUGCAAUACAUGUGUGUGCCAAGGUGGAGCGUUCAACUGUACUUCAGAGAGCUGUGAUGUUGACUGUGUGUGGUCCAGCUGGUCGGAGUGGAGUCCGUGCUCAGCCAGCUGUGGUUCGGGACGACAGAGCUCCACCAGAAGCGUCCUGCAGCCCAGCGAGUACGCAGGGGCCCCAUGUGAAGGCCCCCAGGAGCGCACCAAGACCUGCACGGCCCCUGACUGUGCCUGUCCUGAUGGGGAGCAGUGGAGGAGGAGCGUGUCAGAGGAGGUCCUGCUGUGUGAGAGGAGCUGCCAGGACAUUUACUCCUCCUUCCCUGUCAACUGCAGUCACGCUGAGGGCUGCGUGUGUCACGAGGGGCUCUAUCGAAACACGGAGGGUAUGUGUGUCAUCCCAGCCCUCUGCCCCUGCCAUGACCAGGGCAUCCUGAGAGAGGCAGGAUCCGAGUGGGAGGAAGGCUGCACGUCCUGCCGCUGUCUGAAUGGGAAGAAACACUGCCAGCUGAGGUGUCCUCCACUCCUCUGUGACGAGGGUGAGGUCAAGGUGGAGGAACCAGGCAGCUGCUGUCCAGUCUGCAGAAAGCAGUUUCCAGGCGAGCCCCUGCCGGAGUGUCGUCGCUUCAUGCAGGUCAGGAACAUCACCAAGGGGGACUGUCGGCUUGAUAACGUGGAGGUCAGCUUCUGCAGGGGACGCUGUCUGUCCAGGACUGACGUCAUCCUGGAGGAGCCAUAUCUGCAGUCGGUGUGCGAGUGCUGUAGCUACCGCUUGGAUCCCGACACCCCGGUGCGCUUCCUCAGCCUGCGCUGUGCGAACGGCGAGAGCGAGCCCGUCGUCCUGCCCGUCAUACACAGCUGCGAGUGCACCAGCUGUCAAGGAGGUGACCUGUCCAGACGCUGAUGGAAUGUGCUCGUGUGUUUGUGUGUAUGAACGCCAAGCCGAGCGAGAGCGCCACGCUGAGAGCCAGCUGGGGGACACGUGGAGGAUUUUGGGACGGAGAGAUGGAUGGACGUCCUGAACCAAGUCUCUGUUGAUGCCCACAUUAUUAUUCCGUAGUCCUUAGUCAUCAUAUGACUGGAUGCUACUGCUAAAGUCCCUGUUCUGAAACUCCUGUACAGCCUUUUUUUUCUACUUUGUAUUUAUAGAUUAAAAGACCUAUGAUACAAUCCAAAUAAGCUAUUAUGCAUUUAUAUAUAUUUUUCAUCUGUAUGUUUAAAGAUAACAAUGUAUAUGCGCCUACCGUCUUCUGUUAGUUGGAGUUUACAGUAAUUGGAUGUUUUACAUUUUUACAGUUUCAAGUACAUUUCCUGUGGACAGGUCAGUAAACGGUUUCUACACAUGAUGAAUUACUACUGGCUCUCUUUUCCCCCCAAAAAAAAAUUGUCCAUGGAUUUUUUUUGUUUGUGUAUCUUCGAACACUUUGUCCAGUCAGCAGCAGAAUGUCCCUUCUUCUCUAAUAUACAACCACUUUCAUAGGAAAAACAAGAUAAUCAAUAUAAUUUGUUCAAAUAGCUUUAACCCCUUGUGCAGUAAAACAUUAUAUUCAUAUUUAA